GCAAAAGCGCUAUUUAAUGAUGAAGGCAUAGGUAGAAAAUUCGAGGAAGAAGAAAUCGAGGGGCGUACGCUGCAGUCUGAACGCAUCUUGUCCGAUGCAUCGAUGGACAACCUUGGAUUAUCAACAAUUGGAAAGAAGGAAAAAUUUGCCACUGCCAUCCAGGAUCUUUUCGGUAAAUUUAUAGAAGUCACAAUAAUGAUAAUACAGUCAGUUUUUAUUUUUGAGGUUUCUUCAAGUUCUGAAUAGACCCUUUCACGGUUUCUGGCGCCAUCUUUGUUGUGGGCAAAAUUUACAGCCAAAGUAUGGGAAAAGUUAGGAGUUCGAAGCUCAAUAAUUUAAAGAAAAUUAACACUCUGCAAUUUCUAUGAAUAACAAGGUAAACGUACCUAGCAAAAGAUUUUAUUGGGUUAAAUGUGAAGGACACAUAUAUGCUGGGAAGCGAGAAAUCGCAUUUCUAGUUUUUCAUACAAAUGCUCCUAAACUUCUUCGCGCUAACGGCGGCUCAGUUUUCAGACAAAUGUAUGUAAAAACAAAAUCCUUACGUUUUUCCAGCGAGUUUACAUUCCUCAAAUUUGGUCAGUAAACUCUUUUACCUGGUAUCUUGAGUUUGUAAUUCAAAAAUAUUUCGGAAUUAGAAUUUUCCGUGAGUUAUUAGACAUUAGAUUGCUCACUUUUCCCAUACACUUACUGUAAAUUUUGCUGUGUUUGCCCCCAAACAAGAUGGCAUCAGAAACCGUGGAAGGGUCUAUUUUGGUUAUCUGCAAAAUAAGGUGACAUUUGCAAAUAUUUUGUGCAUAUAUUGUGUUCCCAUAAUACCAAACUGGUUUUAUUAGUGCAUAAUCUAGAGGUGCUUCCAAAAACUACAGCAAAAAUACUGAGAUACACCAAAAUGGUUGCUUCUUCUUGCUGAUAUGCAUGCACUACUUGAGACUGGAGACCAACUUACUUUGAGUGAGAUUGUACCGUUACAUUUAGUUAACCUUCCAGUGAGUUUAAAACAAAAACUGAACGGUCUCAUGCUGUAAUUAAAUACACAAAUGCAUAGGUUUUAAAGGCGAGUAUAAAUUACAAACCUGUACCUUUUCUGCAGGGCAGAAAAGACCUUGUUUCCUAGUGUAAUGAGAAUAACAUGACAGUUGGGAAUUUUUCUACAGGCAGUGUUGUUAAUCACGAGUGAAAAAAACCCAAGCUAGUGUGUACAGAAAGGUUUAAAGAUAUCAACAGAAUUCUUACAAACAAGGAAAAGGACACAUUGACCUCUUUAGACCGCAGUGUCUACAAUACGAAGUAAGUUGGAUUAAAACAUAUUGAUGCCCCAGUUGUGUUGUGAUUUUCCUUAGGUGACCUACAAACUAUUGAUUCUCUUUGCUAUUAACACAUCCAUGGAAAUGCUGAAAAAUGGUUUCAUUUGCUAGAGUUUAUUCUUAUUCCUUUUUAUAGGUGUUAUGCAGAAAGAAAGAAAAAAACAGUUCAGUUGUGAUAGAAUUCUGGAUGCCCUCAUAAUCUCAUUUUGCAUUCUUAGGAAGAAGAAAAUCAUUGCUUUUGCUAGGACUGUCUGGCCUGAUGAUCAACCCACCCCUUGGUUUAGAAACAGUGCAGAAAAUUCAAAGAAGCUCCAAGAGAUAACGAAGCAGUUGGCUGAAGAUGAAUCUUACACAUUCCCCAGAGCAGGCUUAGGAAUAAAAGCCAUUGAUGAAAUUAUUAGAAAGUACAUGCAAGAGAGAAGGCGGAAAGAAAAUGACCCAUUAAGUUCACAGAGCGAUCAGGACUCAAGCGAAAGUAGCAGUAAAGGUAGUCCUUCCAUACUAUCAGCAUGGCAAGAUAAAGUACAAAGCUAUGAAGCCAAUUUUAUUGAUGGUAAGUCAUUGCUGUUCUCUUUUUUUCUGUUGUCAGGGGAUUGGUUUUCUUUUGCUAGUAUCCAGUUCAUUCACAGUUCAUAUUAUUUUCCCAUGCACUAUUACAAAACCAGUGCUUGACAAAAUGACCAGAUGACUGUUGCACAACAUUAAAGCAAGGGAAUUAUGAAACCUUUCUUACAAGGAUGAAUUUCUCCCAGUUUUCCAGUUACAUAUAUAUACAGUAUGCACUUCAGUGGUAUAAAUUUUUAGUAUGGUCCAUAUGUUGUGUCCUUUUUUCAUGUUUCCUGAAACUGACACGAGUGUAACUCUGGAUCGAGGGCUCAUGGAAAUCUGUAAACAUCAUAAGCUCAUGCGCAAAUGAGUAGUAACCUUUGAUGCAUGCAUGAUUUUGUAAACAUAAGGGUACUCAGUGAAUGGGCGUCUUGAGUUUUAAAUGUUUUGUUCCGAAAUAUGCCUGGGAAAUGCUUGUUUAGUGACCGAUGGUUGGAAAACUCUUCCUAUAAAUUGUGGCUGGAACGUGACGCGGACAAGUUUAAAGCAAAAUGUAGAGUUUGUAUGAAAGCGUUUGAUGUAUCAAAUAUGGGAGAAUCGGCAUUGAAAAGCCACGAAAAGGGGAAAGAAGCAUAUUCAUCUUAUCGAAA